ACCACUCAAUCUCCACUUUAAACCUCUGAACCAUCUUCUUCUUCUUCUUCUUCUUCACUUUCCAUUGAUUCUUCUUCAACAAUACUCCCUCAAACAUGCAGAAAAUAGUGCUGAAGGCGGAACUACACAAUGACAAAAUCAAGCAGAAAGCUAUGAAGGUUGUCUCCGGCAUUCAAGGGGUGGAGUCAGUAUCAGUGGACAUGAACGAAAACAAGAUGACGGUGGUGGGAAGCAUCGACCCAGUGACAGUGGUGAGGAAGCUGAGAAGGCUGUCUCACACAGAUAUAGUUUCAGUGGGACCAGCCAAGGAAGAAGAGAAGGAGAAGGAGAAGGAUGAGAAGAAACCAGAUGAAGCGUCCUGGCCUUUCUGCUAUCCUUAUUACCCUUAUUACCCUUGUUACCCUGCUGUGAUGCCUGUGCGAGAAGACCCUAUAGGCUGUGUCAUCUGCUAAAUCAUCAUCUUAAAAAACCAAAAAAGGAAAUUACAUGCUUGUUAAGGAGUGCUGCAUACUUUUAGAAUUCUUACCUGUUUCGUUGGGUGUCUUGUUUCAUAUGAUUGAGAGUGUCAUAAAGUGGCUUCCAAUAAUAGGGGGUUUGUAUACGUACAGCACUUUUGAAGGUAUCGCGAAGAGUGAUGCCCUAUACUUAUACUGCUAAUCUGCUAUACAUAGAUUAGAUUUCAUUUCAUAUGAAGUUUUGGUUAUUGCCUUGUUGUAUAAUAUAUGUCGGAUAAUACAAUCAGAAUGCAGAAGCAGCUUGCAAAAUAAUAUUAUUGAAAGGAA